UCACAAAAAUUCAUAUUCAUUUUUCUACUCAUGCAAAUUCUUAAUUAGCGAACAGCCAAGAACAAUGUAAUGUAAUCCCAUUGUCUAGCUGAAAAGAGAAUCUUAAGCAGAGUUUUUUUUUCUGUCUGUGCUAAAUCAAAAUGAAGUUUGCUGCUUGCAUAUGUCUUAAAGUUCUUCAAAUUGUUUUCACUGCAUCCGCAACAAUUCUCAAAAAAUUAUCCGAUCGCUAUUCGGAGCGUUUGCUAACAAGCAAUAAGAAGAAUCUAAGGGAAUGGAUGCUUUUGAAUACGAUUUCUUUGACAAAAGAAGCCGACGAUUUUGGUGAUCUCGCCUAUAUAGGAUAUAUAUUUAUAUCGUCGAUCUUAUUGCUAUCGAGAUUCAAAGAACAAACUAAGAAUUAUCACAUAACUGAGAUCAUUUUACUAAGCUUUGGAGUAUUGUUUUUUACCAUACAAGGUCUACUAAUAUUUGGUAUAAUUGAGGAGUUACAAGAUAAUAUUUUAGACUUUGGUUACUCCCUGGGAGGUGUGACGUUUCUCUGCGCAAUUCUCUUUGCCAUCGAUUUAUUCUUUUUCAAGCAAAUGUCCGAUCCGAAGAAUGCAAUAUCCCAAACAGAUUUGGAAAAUGCAAUUGAACCACCCACAAAAGAGGUCUAUCAAGUAACAAAUAUUCCCAAGGUGAACCUACACGAGCAAUGUUGUCAUCCAUCGGCUGCUAAAAAUGUCAAAAAACUUAAAUAUCUACGCACGGAUUUAUAA